GGGGGUGACGUUUGGGAAGCAUCUCGGAGUGGCGGGGGCGGCCUGCAAAGGUGUCAUGGCUGCUGUCGCUGAGCUUAGUCUCCCGAGCAUCGGUGACAGUAGCCUGGAGCGGAGCUGCAGCCCCAACCUCUCCCAAGAGGUGCUCUGUGAAAUCUUUCGUUCUUUGCAUACCCUGGCUGGACAACUUAACCUCAGAGAUGAUGUGGUGAAAAUUACAAUCGAUUGGAACAAGCUUCAGAGCCUCCCCGCAUUCCAGCCCUCUUUGCUCUGUAGUGCACUUGAGCAACACGUUUUAUAUUUACAGCCUUUUUUAGCAAAACUUCAGCCUCUGAUUAAAGAGGAGAAUACAACUAUUGUUGAAGAGAUAGGAAAAACAGAAACAGGGGACAAGAAUGAAAUAAAUGAUAAAUUUCCCAUUGGUGACCUACAAGAGGAAGAAAAGCACAAAGAUCGUGAUUUAGGAGAUGUGAAAAAGGCACAUAUCCAUUUUGAUCCAGAAGUAGUUCAAAUAAAGGCUGGAAAAGCAGAAAUUGACAGACGAAUAUCUGCAUUUAUUGAAAGAAAGCAAGCUGAAAUCAAUGAAAACAACGUCAGAGAAUUUUGCAAUGUUAUUGAUUGUAAUCAAGAAAAUAGUUGUGCAAGAACAGAUGCCAUUUUUACCCCUUACCCUGGAUUUAAAAGUCACGUAAAAGUUUCUAGAGUUGUGAAUACAUACGGACCACAGACUAGACCAGAAGGAAUUCAAGGGUCAGGUCAUAAAUCUAACAGCAUGCUCCGAGAUUGUGGUAAUCAAGCUGUAGAAGAACGACUACAAAAUAUUGAGGCUCACUUGCGAUUGCAGACAGGUGGUCCAGUGCCAAGAGACAUUUAUAAGAGAAUUAAAAAACUUGAGGAUAAAAUUCUUGAAUUGGAAGGCAUGUCUCCUGAAUAUUUUCAGUCUGUAAACUUUUCUGGAAAAAGAAGAAAAGUUCAACCACCUCAAAACUAUUCACUGGCUGAACUUGAUGAGAAAAUUAGUGCCCUCAAACAAGCCCUGCUCAGAAAAUCAAGAGAAGCAGAAUCCAUAGCAACUCAUCACCUUCCCUGAAAUACUCUGGUCCUUAUCAUUUUAGAUUUUUAUGUACAUAUGUAACUACACUGCAGUUAAUUAAAUGGAUAUGAAUGUAUUAAUCCACA